UCUCAUUUGCUUUUGGGAGUAUCCAUCCUUCACCAUGUUGAGAGCUAAGAAUCAGCUUUUUUUGUUGUCACCCCAUUACCUGAAGCAGCUGAAAGAUACAUCAGCCUCCAGAUGGAAACGGCUCCUACAUCAGCAGCAACCCCUUCACCCAGAAUGGGCUGCACUGGCCAAAAAGCAGCUGAAAGGCAAAAACCCAGAGGACCUAAUAUGGCACACCCUAGAAGGGAUUGCUAUAAAGCCCUUAUAUUCCAGGGCAGACACUAUGGACUUAUCUGAAGAACUUCCAGGAGUGAAACCCUUCACACGUGGACCGUAUCCCACCAUGUAUACCUAUAGGCCCUGGACCAUCCGUCAGUAUGCAGGCUUUAGUACUGUAGAAGAAAGCAAUAAAUUCUAUAAGGACAACAUUAAGGCUGGUCAGCAGGGAUUGUCCGUUGCCUUUGACCUGGCAACACAUCGUGGUUACGACUCAGAUAACCCCCGAGUUCGUGGAGAUGUUGGAAUGGCUGGAGUUGCUAUUGACACUGUAGAAGACACCAAAAUCCUAUUUGAUGGCAUUCCUUUAGAAAAAAUGUCCGUUUCCAUGACCAUGAACGGAGCAGUUAUCCCAAUCCUGGCAACGUUUAUAGUAACUGGGGAAGAGCAAGGCGUACCGCAAGAGAAGCUCACAGGCACAAUUCAGAACGAUAUCCUAAAAGAAUUCAUGGUCAGAAAUACUUACAUUUUCCCACCAGAACCAUCCAUGAAAAUUAUCGCUGACAUUUUCCAGUAUACAGCACAGCACAUGCCAAAAUUUAAUUCCAUUUCGAUUAGUGGGUACCAUAUGCAGGAAGCAGGAGCUGAUGCCAUUCUAGAACUGGCCUAUACCAUUGCAGAUGGGUUGGAGUACUGCAGAACUGGACUGCAGGCCGGACUCACAAUUGAUGAAUUUGCACCAAGGUUGUCUUUCUUUUGGGGAAUUGGGAUGAACUUCUACAUGGAGAUAGCGAAGAUGCGAGCUGGGAGAAGACUUUGGGCUAACUUAAUAGAAAAAAUGUUCCAGCCUAAAAAUUCCAAAUCUCUUCUUCUGCGAGCACAUUGCCAGACAUCAGGGUGGUCGCUUACCGAGCAGGACCCCUAUAAUAACAUUGUCCGCACUACGAUCGAAGCCAUGGCAGCUGUGUUUGGAGGGACACAGUCAUUGCAUACAAAUUCUUUUGAUGAAGCUCUGGGUUUGCCUACGGUGAAAAGUGCUCGAAUUGCCCGAAACACACAAAUCAUCAUUCAGGAAGAAUCUGGGAUCCCCAAAGUGGCUGAUCCUUGGGGAGGAUCAUACAUGAUGGAAUCCCUCACAAAUGAUGUUUAUGAAGCCGCUCUCAAGCUCAUAAAUGAAGUUGAAGAAAUGGGUGGAAUGGCCAAAGCUGUAGCUGAAGGGAUACCUAAGCUUCGCAUUGAAGAAUGUGCUGCCCGAAGACAAGCUAGAAUAGAUUCUGGUUCUGAAGUCAUUGUUGGAGUAAAUAAGUAUCAGUUGGAGAAAGAGGACUCUGUGGAAGUCCUGGCCAUUGACAAUACUUCAGUGCGUAAGAAGCAGAUUGAAAAGCUUACAAAGAUCAAGUCCAGCAGGGACCAGGCUUUGGCUGAGCGGUGUCUCGAGGCGCUUACCCAGUGUGCCGCCACCGGGGACGGCAAUAUCUUGGCUCUUGCUGUGGAUGCAGCCCGUGCAAGAUGUACAGUUGGAGAAAUCACAGAUGCUUUGAAAAAGAUUUUUGGUGAGCAUAAAGCUAAUGAUCGUAUGGUGAGUGGAGCAUAUCGGCAGGAGUUUGGAGAAAGUAAAGAGAUAACAUAUACUAUCAAUAGAGUUAGCAAAUUCAUGGAACGGGAAGGUCGCAGACCCCGUCUUCUUGUGGCAAAAAUGGGACAAGAUGGUCAUGACAGAGGAGCCAAGGUCAUUGCUACAGGAUUUGCUGAUCUUGGUUUUGAUGUGGACAUAGGCCCUCUCUUUCAGACUCCCCAUGAAGUGGCUCAGCAGGCUGUGGACGCCGAUGUGCAUGCUGUGGGCGUCAGCACGCUCGCUGCUGGUCACAAAACCCUCAUUCCUGAGCUCAUCAAAGAACUUUCUGCCCUGGGACGGCCGGAUAUCCUUGUCAUGUGUGGAGGCGUGAUUCCACCACAGGACUAUGAAUUUCUGUACAAAGCUGGUGUUUCCAAUAUAUUUGGUCCUGGCACCCGGGUCCCGAAAGCCGCUGUUCAAGUGCUUGAUGAUAUUGAGAAGUGUUUGGCAGAGAAGCAGCAAUCUAUGUAACAUCUGGAUCUUUAGUGAUGACCAAAGAAGAGCAAAGCUAUGUCUUCAGGUAAUUCCAACACCUGUAAUGUGCCUGCCUUGGAAUGCUGGCAGCAAAAGACCCUGAUCCAUGGUAAUACACACAUUUAAAGUCUGAGUUUAAAAAUAAAAAUCUCUAAAAAUUA